UUAUUGAUGUUGUGUUUCGUUAAUUUCCUGGUGAUAGACAAGAAAGAGGGUCAGAGCUCUGAAGGAACACAGCCUACUAUUCCAACACCAGAGCUGCCAAAGAGUGAUGUUCCAACUGCAGAAAUGAAACCAGAGACAGCAAAAGCAAACGAGGGUGAUGCAGGGAAGAUAUUGAAGAUGCUGGAAGAGGGCAAUAAUGAAGCAGUUGUCCUCACUGGGAAUGCAGGAACAGGGAAAACAUGGCUGGCCAGAGAAAUAGCCAAGUCUGCUGUCAGUAAAGAAGGGCCCUUCUAUAUGUCUCUUUGGCUAUCUCUGAACGACAAGCACAAGGACGACGACUCUCUUCGCCACUCCAUUGCCCGCCAGUUUUCCAUCCCUACCAUUGGCGGUGUAUGGGAAGAUGUUGAUGAUAUUGAUGACAAGAAAAAGCAGCAGUACGAUGAGAACUUAAAGCAGCUGCCUCAGAAGGUAACAGAAAAGCUUGAAGAGAAGAGAAGAGAAAUGGCUAAUGAUAAGAAUGAACAAAAAAACAUGUUUCUACUGGUGUUGGAUUCUGAAGGAGUGGUAACGCCCGAAGAUUAUGAUUACAUCAUGAAAAGUUUAUUUCCUUUCGAAGAUGUCAAAAAGAUCAGGGUUCUGAUCACGACAAGGCCUGAAGAAGAAGGAUUUAGCAAUAAGGAAUCAAUCACGGUGGUUGAGAUUCAACCCCUUUCGGGAGUUGAGGCAGCGAGUUUCUUAAAAAAAAGGGUUGGGGACAACGUUUCCAAGCAUCCAGGAUUCGAAAUACUUCGCCAUGACAUUGAAAAAAGAAGCAAGGUUUUGCCUGUUCAAAUUAUCAUGUUGGCAGCAGCCUUAAAUCACAUUGCAGAAGAUGGUCCCGAAGCACGGGUGCGUGCUUUCGAUACAGCCCUUGACAUUCUGAAGCAAGCUGACAAAGAUGAUCCGAUACCACUUCUUCAUUUCACAUAUGAAAUGUUGCCAGGCGAUUGCGUGAUUGAUUGCUUUUGGCAUAGCUGGAACUUCUUGGGGAAACAUGGUGGUGUUCAGUACAACGAGUUGAUCACUCACUGGAUACUAGAAGGCCAUCUUGAUCUUGCUGCUGGAGUCAAGACAGCUUAUGAGAAGGGAUACGAUAUCAUGAUGGAGCUAAUAGAUCGUGGCAUGCUGAAGAUGCAAGAGGACAAUCUUAUUGUUCUGGAAGGAGCAACGAUUAAUCUGUGGGAUCAUAGAUGUCGUGAAUUAUUUGAGACAUCCAACCUGGGGCUGGCUACCGUGCUUGAGGGUGAGAAUCGCCAAGUUUUUGAAAGGAUGGCACCAGCUGAUGGCAUGAUGAGGACAGUUAGUGUGGAUAAGAAAGGGGAAUCAGUCUCCUCACUACUGAUUGAUGGAAGCCAUCCAUGCAGGGAAGCCCCAGACACAUUCUUUCAAGCAAAGCCGAAACUCAAAGUUCUGGCCCUUUUCUAUCCCAGGCUCACAUCGCUCCCCAAACCCAUAUCUGAAAUGAAGAAUCUGCUUGUGCUUGUGGUCAGAGGCUGUUAUCUGUUGAAAGACAUCAAAUACAUUGAGAAUCUCAAAGAAUUAAUAGUUCUUGAGAUAUCUGGCUCACCCUUUUUGGAGGAAAUGUCAGAAGAACUCUUUGCAUGCAUGUCCAAACUUCGAAGCCUUAAUCUAUCUGCACUCAAAAUCAAGUCAUUGCCUUCUAGUCUCUCCAACCUGACUGAACUACGCAGGCUCAUCCUUAGAAAGUGUUCUUUCCUGGAAUCUCUACCAAAGCUAGCCAAUCUCAAAAACCUUGAGGUAAUUGAUCUUUCUGGGUCCUCCUCUUUGAUAAAGAUCCAAGAAAAAAGUUUCAAGUCAUUUAAAAGUCUUCGAUUCAUUGAUUUUUCUGAAACCAAAAUUGAGAAAUUACCAAUUGUUCAGACUCUUGAAAACCUAAAAAUCCUCUUAGCUAGAGGAUGUGAUCGUUUAUUUGGACUGCGCCUAAUGAAAUAUCUGCCGAACCUCAAGGUUCUUGAUGUUUCAGGUGCCAUUAGGAUAAAGGAAAUAUAUUUUGAUUGCUUUGAUCAUACUGACAACCUUAGCGUCCUCAAUCUAUCAAAAACUGGGAUUAGGUUUUUACCUGACAGCCUUAGCAAAAACCUCCUUGAUCUCAGAGUGCAAGGUUGUUCUAAACUGGAAAAACUUCUGAGCCCAAAGGAAGAGGAUCUCAAAAAGCUAGAGUCUCUAGAUCUUUCCGAUUCCUCUAGUCUGGAAAAGUUUCCAGAAAAUUUUUUUGAAAAUCUGACUAGCCUUCAGUCCCUCAACCUCUCAAAAACCAAGGUUGGAAGUCUUCCAUCUCUUUUGGAGCUUCGCAACCUUCGCCGUCUGUUUCUAAAGGGUUGUUCGUUUCAAAACCUUCCAGAGUUGACAAAACAAACUCGCCUUGUGAAACUUGAUCUCUCGGAUUGUGAGAGCCUGACUGAGUUGCCAAGCUUGGUUGAUCUAGCAUAUCUUGAGAUUAUUAAUCUUUCAGGUUGUAAAGCUCUGUCAAAAAUAAACCAAUCCUUUGAGAAAAUGUCUAGGCUUCAGGUACUCAAUCUCUCUGAAACUCAGAUUUCAUCCUUACCAUCUCUUUGCGAGCCUAGCAAACUCCAUUCCCUUAUUCUAAGGAACUGCACCAAACUAGAAAAAACUCCAAACUUUGGGAUCCUGUUACAACUUGAGCAGCUUGACCUACGUGGUACAAGCUCUUUGAAGAAUUUCAAUGUCGAAUCCUUGAAAGACCUUACUCAGCUUCAAACUCUGAAGUUACCUAAAAUUGAAGGCACGCAAUCUUUGUCAGCUUUGAAGAAACUUGAGAUUCUGGAUCUUUCUGAAGAAGCUGUUGAUUCUUUGCCAACUCUUGACAGUCUUAGCAAUCUACGGCAGCUUUUGCUAAGAGAUUGUUCGAGCUUAAAGGAGUUGCCAUCACUGAAUUCAUUGAGUCAUCUAGAGGUGCUUGAUCUAUCAGGGACCAAAGUGAAAAAUCUUCCAGACAAAAUUAACCCGACUCAUUUAAAGCGUCUUUAUCUACCGGAGGGAGUGAUUGAAGAGUUUAAGGGGGAGAAGGUCAAGUGUCUACCAUUGGAGCUAAAGUUGGAUCGCUGUUGUAUCUCCAAGGCUUCUGAUAUUCCUGAAGGGGAUGUGAAAUCUAGAAUAAUUGUGCAUGGCACAGAACUCUUCAAAAGUUUGAAGGAAAAUUCUAAAUUACUGGAGAGUAUCAUGCAUUCUAUUUCCGCUGUUCACUCACAAAGCAAAGAUGAGGACAAUUACGGUGACAGCCGUAAGCAUCUCUUUCGUGAUAUCUACUCCAAGAUUAGAAAACUUCCUUCUGUGGCAGAAGAUGGCCAGUCUUUGGAAAUCCAUGGAUUUGAUUAUUGCCCCACUGAUAUUGAGGUUGUUCUUGAGCAGGUCAAGUAUGUCUUAUUGGUUGAAAAUAAUUUUUUGAAAAACUUGUCCGAUUUGAAGCCCGGUAGCUUGAAGAACAUUAAAGGCUGUUGGUUAGAAAGGUGCAACGAAAUGGAGAGCAUUUUUGUGGAGGCAGGUCUUGGGAAGUGGCAAAACCUAGAGAUUCUAUGGAUGUCAAACCUUCUCAAAUUGAAGAGUUUGCACGACAAGAAAAUUCAAUCCCUGAAUUUUGGGAACCUAAAGCAUUUGUACAUUGACUGCUGUCCAACGCUUGAAACUGUUUUCUCAAUAGGGCAGAUACCAGAAAACCUGGAAACUCUCAGAAUUACAUUCUGUGAUAAACUAAAGACUGUUGUUGUUCCAGCCAACGGGGAAGUGCAAACCACAGGCUCCGCAGACAAGAAAAUACAGGCCACGAGUUCAGCAGACAAUCAAGUACAGAAUACGAGCUCCUCAAAAAUGAAAGUGCAGACCAGGAGUUCAGCAAACAAGGAAGUGCAGACCACGAUUUCCGCAGACCAGGAAGGGCUAGCGCAGACCAUGAGUUCAGCAAACAAGGAAGUGCAGACCACUAGCUCCGCAGACAAGGAAGUACAAACCACGAGUACUGCAGACAAGGAAGUACAAACGGCAAGUUCCACAGACAAGGAAGCGCAGGCACAGACAACUAGUUCUGCAGACAAGGAAGUGCAGACCACGAGUUCCGCAGAACAGGAAGUGCUAGCGCAGACCAUGAGUUCAACAAACAAGGAAGUGCAGACCACUAGUUCCGCAGACAAGGAAGUACAAACCACGAGUUCUGCAGACAAGGAAGUACAAACCGCAAGUUCCGCAGACAAGGAAGCGCAAGCACAAACAACUAGUCCUGCGGACAAGGAAGUGCAGGCGCAGGCCAUGAGUUCAGCAAACAAGGAAGUGCAGACCGCAAGUUCCGCAGACAAGGUAGUACAAACCGCAAGUUCCGCAGACAAAGAAGUACAAACCACAAGUUCCGCAGACAAGGAAGCGCAGGCACAGACAAAGAGUUCUUCAGACAACGAAGUGCAGGCACGGACCACGAGUUCUGCAGAGAAGGAAGUGAAGGCACAAGCCAUGAGUUCAGCGGACAAGGAAAUGGAGGCGCAAACCACAAGUUCAGCAGACAAGGAACAGCCCAUGAGUAGAACCAAGCUCAAGCAUUUGCAUAUAUCCUAUUGCCCAAUGCUUGAAACUGUUUUCUUACCAGCGCUGCUGCCCAACUCAGAAUUACCAAACUUGCAGACAUUGCAUCUCUUAGAACUUCCAGCUUGGACUGCAUCUAGCAUCGGGAUUAAACUGAACGGAAUAAAAAAUGUUAAAGUUAGCCCCAAUGUAGAGAAAAGUCUCAGGUCUGGAAAUGCAUGAAAGGAAAUCACUGGAGCUGAUAAGAAUUGAGAUUUAAUUGAAGAUAAAAGACCUCAACAAGCACAUAGGCCAUGCGUAAUUUCUGAAGUACGAACUGGACAUGGUUCCAAUCGAGGACAAACUAAGAGGACAGCCUAGAAGGUUUGAUCAUGAGGAACUCGGACAUAUGAAUCUCUGGUGUUUCCCAUUUUUAGCCAUGCAAUCAUAAAUGGUGGAUCCAAGCCGCUAGCUGCCUCCUAUUAGUACACAAGACAAUAACACACUUUCAGGAUGAAGUUCUUGUUCAAGCAUAGUUGCAAUGUCAUGUUUUUUGCUUAAUUUUUAAGUUUUUCCUUUUUUUUAAGACUUUGAAAUUUCCUGAAUGUACUGUUGUUUAGUUUGAGCGUUUGAGGGUAUAUCACAAAUAUUUAUUAGUUUGAGUCAAUUUUCAUGCUUCCUUUCUGUAAAUUGUUAUUCCAGGCUUGGAAACCUUCUCUUUACUUUCCGAUAGUACAUAUCUUCAAAUUCCUCUUUUUUUUACUAGUAAU